AUGCUUCAUCAUGAAAUUUUACCACUAGAGUUAAUCGAGAGAAUUAUUCUUGAAAUUGAUACUUUAGCAACUAUUCCAAGAUUCAUUCGACAAUUAUGGUACUACAAUGUUACUUUAGAUACACUACUUAAAUUACUUGUAAAACAUGAAUUGGACAAUUUAGAUAGGGGAUAUUAUAAAAUAUAUGUGAAUUUUGACUCAAAAAAGUAUACGCCUUCUGAUGAAUUUUUAUUCAUUAACUACAAAACAAUACCAAGGAUGAACCUAAAAUCGGAUGUUUUUAAAAGUGUUUUCCCUUUUUUUCAAUUAUGGUAUGGAUACGAGACUAGAUCAAAGUUGAAUUUUUAUUUAAAUUUAUUACCAUAUUGUUUUCAGAAAAAUAAAUACGGGAUUCAUGAAGUUUCCGAGAAAUGGAAUCAUAAACUCACAGCGGUUGACCUUAAAUUUGUUGAUGAAUUCUUGAAGAGUUCGAUUUAUCGUGUUGUUUCUAAAAAUGAAUUUGAAAAUUCUUUGAAGAAGCUUACAAGAGCAAAGUUAAUUUUUGAAAUUAAUUCUUUUUACAGUUUUUCAUUAAUUGGGGAAUAUCAAGAAUGGCAACCUAAUGAAUUAGAUAUUACAAUUAAAAGAUGUUUUGUGCGGGAUAGUUUUAUUGUUUCUACGAUUAAACUUUUUCCAUUCAAAAGUUUGAGGGUUUUCAAGUUCAAGUACAAUUCGUGUGAGUCUUAUCUUAGCCCACAUGUGGAACUUGGUCCACUACUUGGUAAUGCAAUAGAAGAAGUCACUAUAAUUAUGAUGUAUUUAAAUAUAAAGGUACUAUUAAGAGGAUUUAAUGAUCGUCAAUUAAGUUACUUUCGUAUAGACUCCAACUUGGUAAGUUAUGGAUCACUCAAUCUGAAGAAAAGAGCGCAGAUUAGGGAAAUGAUUAAUUCAAAAACUCGUAAUGGUAAUUACGAAAUGAACAUCAUCGAUUGGUAA